AAAGAAAUGGAGCCCAUUUUGUUAUUCGCCAUAGCAAUUAUUACCAUAUACAUUACACAUUGGGUUUACAGUUGGAGGAACCCGAAAUGUAAUGGUAAACUACCACCUGGUUCCAUGGGGAUACCUCUCCUUGGUGAGACUCUUCAAUUCUUUUCCCCCUUCACAUCAAAUGAUUUUUCUCCUUUUAUCAAACACAGAAUGGAAAGAUACGGAUCGAUAUUUCGAACCAGUCUAGUUGGUCGGCCGGUUGUAGUAUCGACUGAUCAGGAAUUUAACAAUUUCAUAUUCCAGCAAGAGGGAAAGUUAUUUGAGUUUUGGUACAUGGAUACCUUCACAGAGGUCAUGUGGAAUAAAAAAAGUGUGCCUUCUCUGCAAGGCUACAUUCACAAGUAUAUAAGGAGCCUGAUUUUGAAUUUGACUGGUCCACAAAACCUGAAGGAAAAGCUUCUCUCUGAAAUGGAUCAAGCAACAAUGAAACAGCUACAGUCUUGGUCUACCCAACAUGCUAAUGUCGAUUUGAAAGAAGCAGUUGCCACGAUGGUAUUAAACCUUGUAUCCAAGAAGCUGAUUAGUUAUGAUGAAGAAAAGUGCUCCAAGAAGCUGAGGGAGAGUUUUGCCGAUAUCAUGGGGAGUCUUAUCUCCUUUCCUUUGAAAAUACCUGGCACUCCUUACUAUAAUGGUUUACAGGGGCGGAAGAAGGCAAUAACAUUGAUAAGGAACAUCUUAUAUCAAAGGCGCACAUCACCUCCCAAGCACCAUGGCGAUUUUUUGGAUCUCAUGCUUGAGGAAAUGAAGAAAGAUAAUACAAUCCUUACAGAGGAUCUCAUUGUAUCUUUAAUAUUCGCGCUCAUCUUUGCUUUUUACGAAACAAUUUCCGUAUCCAUAACGUUAACCAUGAAAUUUCUCACAGAUCACCCUUCAGUGGUAGAAGAACUAACUAAGGAGCAUGAGAUGAUUCUACAAAAAAGAGAAAAUAAGAACUCCAGAAUCACAUGGGAAGAAUACAAAUCAAUGACUUUUACGACCAUGGUUAUCAAUGAAUCACUCAGGUUGGGAAAUCCAAUCCCCUUGAUUUUGAGAAAAACAAUGGCAGAUGUCCAUAUAAAUGGAUACACAAUUCCAGCCGGGUGGGCGGUUAUGAUUUGCCCUCCAGUGACUCAUUUGGACCCUACCAAGUUUGCUGAUCCCUUGACCUUCAAUCCAUGGCGAUGGAAGGGCACAGAAUCAAAUCCAGGAAAGAAUUUCAUGGUUUUUGGUGGUGGAGCAAGAUUUUGUGUUGGAGCGGAGUUUGCGAAGCUGCAGAUAACCAUCUUUCUACAUCACUUGGUCACAAAAUAUAGGUGGAAGGUAAUAAAAGGAGGAGAUAUAUUACGAGAACCUAAUGUAAAGUUUCCAAAUGGUUUUCAAGUUCAAUUCUUGGAAAAACAUAAAUGAAGGCAGCUUAUUCC